AUGAACGAUGAACUAACUACGGCUUCUUUGGAAAUGGGAGAACAAAAGAGGAGUCGUUUGAAUAUGGGACUCCAAAAACCCGUGGAGAUAAUGCUUACGGACGAAUGGAAUGUAAACCUUGAUCGCCCUUCGGAAGAAGAAAUAAGGUACGAAAUAGCCGCACUGAAACGUGAGAAGGCACCAAUACCGGACGGUCUGUAUCCAGCCCUCUUCAAAGAAGGCGGAAAAUCCCUGGUGAACCACCUGACAAAUCUUAUUGAUGCCAUAUGGGACGAGGAGAAAGUGCCUGCAGAAUGGGACAUGUCGACAGAUAUCCCUAUCUUCAAAAAGAAUACACCGACGCUAUGUGAUAACCACCGUGGUAUCAGCCUGUUAGCUGUCACAUCGAAGGUGCUUUCUGGCCCCGAGAUGGGCCAAAUCAAUGGCUAG